UCUUCUGAUUGGUUGUGACGCUCGGAGCCGGGACGUUUUGAAAGUAGGAGGGCGGUGUGUGUCUUAGCCGUUGGCGGCUUUCAGCCCGAAGCUGAGGAACACUUGCUUUUAUCAGUUCUUAAUGGAGGACGCGGUCGAGCUGGAUUCUGUUAUUAAAGUUGACGUGGACACGGACAGCGGCCCUCCCGGAGACCACCGUGGGUCAGAGGUAAUUCAAGACCUAUUUCAAAAUGAGGAGGAGGAAGAUGAAGAUGACUGCGCAGGAAAGUUAGGGACGCAGCUGCAGAGACGGGAACGACCUUCAGGAGGAGGUUCAGGGCUUCCCGUUACGUUUCAGACCAGCCAGCUGCUGUUCUACGAGAGGUUCAAGGCUUAUCAGGACUACAUGCUGGGAGACUGUAAGCCCUCAGAGGUGAAGGCCUUCAUAGCAGACUACCUGGAGAAUAUGUUGGAGCUGUGUGACUGGUUGGCUCUGUGGUCUACUGAUGUGUUUGAUGUUCUGGUGGAGGUGCAAGAUGUGGAAGUGAAGGAUCUGAAGGCAUGUGUGAGGCUCGUGCUGCCUCUGCAGUGUGACACCAAAGGCUGUGAACUCUCUGAAGAGGCCAUGAAAUCUCUUCUGGAGGCCACUCAGCACAAAGUCCCCCUGCAGGAGCUGCAGGUGGUAUAUGAGGAGUCUGGGGACUUUGACCAGACUGCACUUGCCCUUGAGCAUCUCAGGUUUUUCUAUAAACACAUCUGGAGGGAGUGGGAUGAGGAAGAUGACGAUGAUGAGUUUGACUACUUUGUUCGUUGUGUGGAACCCCGCCUCAGACUCUACUACGACAUCUUAGAAGACAGAGUCCCAGCUGGCCUGGUGGCAGAAUACCAGUCCUUACUGGAGAACUGCUCCAAGUGCUUCCAGCAGUUCUCUGUGCUGCGCAGCAGCCUCGGCGCAGACUCUGACUCAGAGCUCGACAAUGUGUCCAUGGUGGAGGGCCUGAAGCUCUGUGACCAGCUGGAGACGUUCAAACGAAAGUUAUACAUCAUAGAGAACCCCCUGUUGAGGUAUGUGCUGGCCUACAAAGGAAAUACAAGGCAGCAGUGUGUGCAGAGCCGUGGGCCUCGAGCAUCAGGGGCAAAGGUGGUUCAUGUGAUUACAGCCUCCUGCAGCACCGUCCAGCUCCAGUCCUUGCUCAGUGCCAGACUGAUACCUUUGUGCUCUUCUGAAGACACUGAAAUUCAGUUCCACAGAGAGCCAAUAUCUGCGGUGGAUUCGUGCUAUCAGGGCGACUUGGUGAUUGUUCUCCCAGGAAUGUACAGUGUCAGCAGUUCCAUCGUCAUACCAGACUCAAUCACCAUAGAAGGCUUUGGCUUUCCUGAUGAGGUGGUGAUUGAGAAGAAAAACAAAGGAGACUCAUUUGUGGAGUCGACAGGAGCCGACGUCAGACUGUCCAACAUCAAGUUCAUCCAACAUGAUGCUAUUGAAGGCAUUCUGUGUGUGCGUCAGGGGACUCUGAAUAUGGAGAACUGUGUGCUGCAGUGUGACACCACUGGAGUUAUUGUGCGAACAUCUGCUCGUCUCACCAUGAACAUGUGUGACCUUUAUGGUUCCAAGGGGGCAGGUGUGGAGAUUUACCCUGGCAGUGUUUGCAGUCUGGUUGGUAAUGGCAUUCAUCACUGUAAGGAUGGAAUCCUCAUCAAGGACUUUGCUGAUGAGAUGGAUGUGAUGCCAUCCAUCACCAUGGAGAACAAUGUAAUCCACAACAAUGAAGGCUAUGGGGUGAUUCUAGUGAAACCCAACAGCGGGGAAGAACCCCGCACACCUGUGAACAGUGAAGAGCACCUUGAUGCUCACACAACUAAAGAGAAAAAGCAGAGAGGAUCUUCAGAUCUUCCCUUGAUCUCCACCUCUAUACCAACAACAACUGUCGCCAUCCCCCCCACCAGCUGCACCCCAGUGGCUCUUCAGUUGGAGUCUGCAGAGAACGGCUCCUAUGCUGACACCACAGCCUCUGCAGGCAGGAAGUGGCAGUUUGGUCAUCAGCUGAGCAGAAACAAGGAGACGUCCUGUAGCCGAGCUGUCCAAGAUCUGAAGGGCCACCAAAUCUUUGUCUCCUUUCAGGGAAACCAGUUCAAACGCAAUGGCAUGGGUGACUUUGGCACCUUUUGCUACUGACACUGUUAACUGUUAACACUCUGUGAACUAACAUGAUUUAACACCCCUCCUCAGUGUUUCUAACCGAUCAUUAUUUGAUUAAAGUUCCUUUUUUGUUGUUGUUGUUUUCUGGUUUUUUUGGUGGCCAUAAAAUAAAUAUUGCAGGACGAUGCUCUUGCUGAUUCACAUACACCCCUUGAUCAGCUGUGCACAGGAGUGCAUGGCUGACCUUGUUAAAGUCCAGUGACAAUGAAUUGGUCCCUAAUUUGGAAUUUGCACAAAUGCUUACUUUUAUCUUAUUUAUUCCUUUGAUGCUGCUUAUUAAAAAGAAGUUUAUUGCAUGUUUAAAUUCACCUGUUGCUUCGAGUCUAGUUGUUUUUGGGUUUUUUGAGGUGGUGGCUUGUAGAUUGCAGAGGAUCACACUAAUGGUUUUCAUUAUCAUGAGUUCUGAUUUUCACACAGUGCCUCCAGUGUUUUUGAGGUGUAUGUGAUGUAUUUUAUAGUUUAUGGAAGGUCUGAUUUUGUCAUGUUCUAAAAGCAGAAGUUGAGUAAAAAUAA